AUGACAAGUGUGACAGCUGGCAAGUUGUUGAUGACACCACGACAAAAAUAUAUAUCGAGAUUUUAUCGAUAUCUAUCGAAUCGUUGUCAUGGAAUUUGUUAUUUUAUAUUUGAAAAAAAAAAAAUGGAUAUUGAGCCAAAAUUUACAUUUAUUUCUAUUCAACAAGAUAAAAAAUAUCCCAAUCUUGAAAAUAAUACAAUCAAAAAAUUGAUUGAAAAAUGGGGAUUACAUUUGUCAAUCCAAAAUUAUUUAUUCAAUGAAACUUUUCAUGAGUAUCAUAAAUACCACUUGGCAGAGGAAUUUUUCAAGAGUGAUAUUGUUGCUAAAAGUUUAAAAACAUGGACAUCAAAUAAUUAUAAAAUCCAAGGAUUUGUUGCAUCAAAAGUAGAAACUAAGCAAAUAUCUUGUUCAGUUGUGAGUAUGUCUUUUUUUGAUAAACUCAAAGAUCCUAAGAACAAUAUUGUUUAUGAAUCUGGAAGUAUUCGUCAACGAUAUGAAACUGAAAUAAAUGGCAUCAUGGUCUCUGAUAAUCUUAGAAGUAUGCUCAUUGAUGAAGAAAGUGAUGAGUACAGUAUCUAUUCAACUGAUGAAAGAGAUGAAUUUAUUUUCAAGAUAUUUCAAAUGCUGGUGUUGGGUGGUGAAUACUGUCAAUACGAAGAUUAUUUGCAGCCUUAUCUUGAUUGUACAAAAAAAAUAUACAAGGAUUUUGUUAAGGUAUAUACUGAACCUUCCACAAAUGAUUUGGCAAUUUCAACUAUGAUUCUUCAAGUUGUUGCUGAAAGAGAUGGAAAAGCCUACUUUCCAAAUGAUCCAGAUCAUUUACAAAAUAUUGGCUACUUGUUGGUUGAUAGCAACAACAGAGAAAUAACAACUCUUAUUCAUCAGUACAAAGGAUAAUUAACAUCAACAUAAUAGAUAUAUAUUACAAUUAAGAUUUAUUCUAACAUGUUUUUUUUUUUUUUAAUUUAUGCUUUACAAUUAUGCUUUCUUUAAAAAUUAUAUUUAAGUUGACAAAUUAUUACCACAAGUUUUAAUGCUAAAAAAAAAAAUACUACAAUGGCUUUUAUUGAAAAUCUUAAAAAUAUUUAAAUACAAU